AUGAUUGAGAAAGGAAUUGCCCCCGAUGUCAUCACUUACAAUUGUUUGGUCCGGGAUCUGUGCAAUUUAAGUAAAUGGAAGGACGUUGAAAAGCUCUUGACUGAGAUGAAGGCUUAUAAUAUUGUUCCAAGUGUUAUUACUUUCAAUAUUCUGAUUGAUGCACUAUGUAAGGAAGGACAGUUAGAAGGUGCAGAGGAGGUACUGAAAAUCAUGAUUGAGCAAAAUCAGAAGCCUGAUAAUGCUACGUAUAGAGCAUUGAUGGAUGAGUACUGUUUACAAGGCCGAAUGGACGAAGCAAAGAUAGUUUUUGAUAAAAUGGCUGUUAACGGCCUUAGUCCUGAUGUUCAAAGCCAUAAUUAUUGA